AUGCCACGAAUCAGAAAAAAGACGAGCAAACGUGGUUCUACCAACGAUAGAAAGAAAAUUUCUCAAAAGGUUAGAGAGAGCAGGAAGAAAAAAACCAAGGCUGCGAAAAAGAGCGUUGAAUGGAAAUCCAAACAUAAGAAAGACCCAGGAAUCCCGAACACAUUUCCUUACAAGGACCAGAUUUUGGCCGAGGUUGCAGAGCAACGUAGAUUGGCUGCCGAGGAAAAACAACAUCGAAAAGAUGAGAAAAAAAGAGCACUCAAACAUGUUGCUGAGGAUGCACAAGACGAUAACAUCGAGGAAGACGAUGGCAUUGCUAGCAUUAGCGCCAAACGGUUAACGGCCAAAGCAACUAGCAAACCUGCUCCUGAAGCUGAAGAAAGCGAAGGCGAAGACGAACCUCCUAUCCUGAUCAACCGAGAUUUACCGCAUCUUCACGCCGUGUUGGAUGAGGCAGACGCUGUGAUACAGGUGUUGGAUGCACGAGAUCCGCUUUCAUUCCGCAGUUCGUACUUAGAGGAUCUCGUUCACUCUAAACCUGGUCGCAAGACACUUUUCGUGCUGAACAAAAUAGAUUGUGUUCCUCAUGAAAGUCUGGUCGCUUGGACUUCUGCCUUGAGAAAGCAACAACCAACUUUUCCCUUCCGUUCGGCUUCCUGUUUUCUACCUGGAAACCCUCUCGCCCAACUUAAUACAAAAGGAAAAGGAAGAGCGAAGAACCCUGUCGAUGAUGCACUUGGUGGAGAUGCUGUACUGGAGUGUCUUGGUCAUUGGGCAGCAGAAAAGGAGAAUGGUUCAUCAUUGACCGUAGCAGUAGUGGGUGUCACAAAUACUGGAAAAAGUUCGUUGAUCAAUUCAUUGGCAAAAACUACGGUCCUUCCAGUAUAUUCUCUGGCGUCCUCUCCUCGUGGACCGACCACCACCACCAUGCCACAAGAAAUAACCAUCCAAGUUGCAGGCAACAGAACGCUUCGGGUCAUCGACACCCCUGGAUAUUCUUGGAAAAUAGACAAAGCUUCUUCAGAUUGGGAUGAAGUGCGUGCUCGAGAUAUUCUAUUGCGCAACAAAGGUCGUAUAGAUCGAUUAAAAGAUCCGUCGGGUCCUGUUACUCAUCUUGUAUCUCGAGCCAAUCCGGAAGACCUUAUGUUACUCUACGGCCUUCCAACGUUUCCCAAAGGCGAUGUGAAUGUGUUUAUUUCCGGAAUAGCGCGUUCUCAGCAGCUAGUACGAAAGCGAGGAGUGCUACAUUUGACAGGAGCGUUGAAAGUUGUCCUCCGGGAUUGGUGCAUAGGAAAGAUCCAUUGGUAUAGCAUGCCGUCCUCCAAUCUGGUUGUGGACACACCUUCUACCGAUGCCCGGUUACAGGCGCUUUACGCCAAGGCUGACGAGGCUCUAGCAAGUCUAAAAUCUCGCAAAGCUAUGCGUAAGGCUGGCGGGCUUGUCAAGAUAUCUCCGGGGCAGGUAGAAUCGAGGGAGGUCAUAUCUGAAGUCCCGUAUGCAGAAUUGAUGGAAACCAGUGAUGGGGAGGAUAAUGACGGUAUCGAUGUCGACGAAGCAAAUCAUAUAGAGGCAGAAGAAGAUGAGGAUGAGGAAAGUGAGGAAGAUGAGGAUGAGGAAGAUGGAGAUAAAGAAGAGGUUGAAAAUGAGGAAGAGCUGGAAUUUGAGGAUGAAGAAGUUGAGGUUGCUCCACCUGCUUCGAAAAGUCAAAAACGAAAGCGCGCGGAUCCGAUAUCUCAUCCACCAAACAAGAAGGUUUCAUUCGUUGCUAAAUCCCAUGCCUCGAAAAAUAAAGCGAUCUCAAAAGCCGAUGUUUCUGCAGUUUCGGAAUCGUCGACACCGAAAUCCUUGUCAGCCAACCCAACCACAAGAAAAGCUCUCAAAUCUAGUCUCAAAAAGAUGAAACCGAUUGCAAACGCUUCUUCCAAAAACCGACCCCCCAAAAUAAGGUCUGAUGAGGGAAACAAGGAAUCCUACGAUUUCGGAAAGUACUUUUGA